AUGUUCUAUAUGGAUCACUUCCGGUUCCAGUACAAGUUCCGACGAGAGCAUUUUGAUCGACGAAAGUAUCAGGAGCCCAUGUACGUCGAAAACUACACGACGCCAGAGUUCAGAUUUCCCGGAUUUUGGCCGGGCAAGUUCGGGUAUCACCAAACAACGGCUGGCCCAGAGCAGACGCAGCUGCUACCUCCCAAUGCCUUGCAAGGCGAAGAGAGCAGCGCGCCAAGAGGGCCAGCCAUCAUGCCAGCUGCACGACGCGGGCCACGCGGCAUCGAGUGA